AUGGCUUCUAAUGUGUGUAAAUCAAUUAAUGAUAUUGAUACAUAUUUUGUUGAUGAUUCGAAAACCCCGGAAAAACAUAAUUCUAUGAAUAUAUUAAGUACGUAUUGCCAUAAUAAUAACUGUAGUAGUGAUGAAGAAAAGAUUAUCUCUGGUUUUAUAGUAUUACUAAAUAUGCUUAAUCCUGAAACUAUAGAUGGUGAUAAGAUUGUUGAAUACGCUAUUUUAUGGUUAAGUUAUAAACUAAAUCAAACAAAACAGAAUGGAACGAUCAAAUUAGACGAUUUUUAUACUAACCGUAUAGAAACAAAUAGUUUUUAUAAGGGGAAUAUAUCUGCUGAUAGUGAUGAUCAUAUUAAUAUGGAAGUUAUAAGUGCAAAAAUAAAAUCGAUGAAUAUCGAUAUUAAAGAUAUAUCUAAUUUUUAUGAUGCAUUUAAAUCAUUAUGUAACAUGUAUAGUGAAAUUGGUGCAGAAGAUAACCCAUGCAAUAAAUGUUUAGAAAAUGCUAGAGAAUUGUUUGAAAAAUAUGAAAAACUUAAAAAUGCUUUAGAUAUUAAUAAAGGAAGUUCUUAUUAUAAACUAUUGUCUAGUUUAUCAAAUGAUUAUAAAAACUUUGAACAAUUAUAUAAUAGGGCAUGUGGUAAUACGUCACCACUUGUAGCUUGUCCACGAAGUUCAGUAACAAAAAAUACAUUAAUUUCAAUUGCAAUUAUAUUUGUUGCAUCAUCAAUUUUAUUGGGAGUUUCUUAUAAGUAUUCGUUAUUUGGAUUUCGGAAACGAUCUCAAAAACAACAUUUAAGAGAAAAUCUAAAAAAAUAA